AUGGCUAGGAGCGCCGCCACGCAGGUGAACAUCUCGUUUUGGACGCGGGCAGCCUGCGGCCGGCCCCUCGCCGUGCGCCCGCUGGCGCAGCAGGGCGGCAGGACGCGCCUCAUGUCCGCGGUGUUCGGCGCGGGCGCCUCCCCCGCCGUGCGCAGCGGCGCCGCCGCCCUCCGCCGCCUCGCCGCGCCCGCGGGCCGCCCGCUCGGCGUGCGCGCCUACGCUGUUGCGGCCGCGGAGCCGGCGGCGGGCAAGCAGGUUGAGAUAGUGAAGGAGGCGCACGGCUUCGAAUUGGUGCGCCACCAGUUUGUGCGCGAGUACGAUUCGAACGUCUGCCUGUACCGCCACAAGAAGACGGGCCUGCGGUGGUGGCGGCAGCAGUUGAAGGCGGGCGCGGCGCGGGCGCGGCGCGCGGCCCACGACGCGACAGCGACGAGGCAUUGGGAGCAGGAGCAACGGCGGCACGCGCCGACGCCGCGGUGGCAGCAGCUGCCAGGACGCGGGUGCGCUGAGCUCAUCAGUGUGCUGAACAGUGACGAGAACAAGACCUUUGGCGCUGUCUUCAGGACACCCGUCGGCGACUCAACAGGCAUCCCGCACAUCCUGCCCUGA